UUUUUUUAGUGCUUGGGAGAUGGGAAGUAAUGAUAGCUGGCACCUGAACUAAAAUAUCUGUGUAGGCGCUACCAUCCCAGAACUUCAGGAUGAAUGGGGAUAUGCCUCAUGUUCCCAUCACUACUCUUGCAGGGAUUGCUAGUCUUACAGACCUUUUGAACCAGCUGCCUCUUCCAUCACCUUUACCUGCUACAACAACAAAAAGCCUGCUUUUCAAUGGACGGAUAGCUGAAGAGGUGAACUGCCUUCUGGCUUGCAGGGAUGAAAAUCUGGUUUCACAGCUCAUCCACAGUCUCAAUCAGGUGUCAACAGAUCACAUAGAAUUGAAAGAUAAUCUUGGCAGUGAUGAUCCAGAGGGAGAUAUACCAGUCUUGCUGCAGGCUGUCCUGGCAAGGAAUCCUAAUGUUUUCAGGGAGAAAAGCAUGCAAAACAGAUAUGGGGUACAAAGCGGGAUGAUGAUGUCGCAGUUUAAUAUUUCUCAGAAUUCCAUGAGAGGUAGUCCUGCAUCUUCUAAUUAUCAACAAACCACUAUCUCACAUAGCCCUUCCAGCCGAUUUGUGCCACCACAAACAAACUCUGGUAACAGAUUUUUGGCACAACAGAAUAGUCCAGUGCCUAGUCCAUAUGCUCCUCAAAGUCCUGCAGGAUACAUGCCAUAUUCACAUCCUCCAAGUUAUACACCACAUCCUCAGAUGCAGCAAGCUUCGGUAUCCAGUCCCAUUGUCACAGCUGGGAUGAGGAAUCUCCAUGAAAAUAAAGUUUCAAGUCAAUUGUCUGGAAAUUCAGCUAAUCAUCAUGCUGAUAAUUCUAGACAUGGCUCAAAUGAAGACUAUCUACAAAUGGUGCACAGGCUAAGUAGUGAUGAUGGCGAUCCUUCAGUAAAGAAUGCUGCAUCUUUUUCCUUGAGGUCACCACAGUCAGUCUGCUCUCCAGCUGGAAGUGAUGGAACCCUUAAAGGAUCAAGACAACCUUUAAUCCAACAAUCUCAACCUCCACCUUAUUCAUCACCUAGAGAUGUUCCCCCAGACAUAUUGUUAGACUCUCCAGAAAGAAAGCAAAAGAAACAAAAGAAAAUGAAGUUAGGCAAGGAUGAAAAAGACCAGACUGAAAAAGCUGCAAUGUAUGAUAUCAUUAGUUCUCCUUCCAAGGACUCCACUAAACUUACAUUAAGACUCUCUCGUGUAAGAUCUUCGGAUAUGGACCAACAGGAUGAUAUGCUUUCUGGUUUGGAAAACAGCAGUGUGUCAGAGAGUGAUAUUCCUUUUAAUGUGCAGUACCCAGGACAGACUUCUAAAACACCCGUUACGCCACAGGAUGUUAACCGCCCAUUAAACUCUGUUCAGUGUUUGCUGCAGCAUGAACAGACAGCUUUCCUUCAGGCACAACAAGUGCCUGUUUUACAACAGAACACUUCAGUUGCUGCAAAACAACCUCAAACUCCUGUGGUACAGACACAGCAACAGGUUUCGCAACAAGGAGCUAUAUCGUCAUAUGAUGAAGUAGAAUUGGAUGCAUUGGCUGAAAUUGAGCGGAUAGAACGUGAAUCAGCUAUUGAAAGGGAGCGAUUUUCAAAAGAAGUGCAAGAUAAAGAUAAGCCUCUGAAGAAGCGAAAACAAGAAAACAAACCACAGGAGGUUGGAGGUGCUACUGGAGGAAAUAGAGCAGCUUCUCAGGAGACAGGUUCUGUAGGAAAUGGGGCGAGGCCAGCAUUGAUGGUUAGUAUUGAUCUGCAGCAAGCAGGAAGAGCAGACUCUCAGGCAACAGUAACUCAGGAUUUGGACAUCAUCAAAAAACCUGAAGAAAUUAAACAGUAUAAUGAUGGGUUUGUGUGCGUUCCCCAAGAAGACACUGUUGGAGUUUUUAAAUUUAAACCUGAAAACCAUCCUGAGAUUUUUAGGAAAACAUCAGACUUUGGAGGUCAAAAGACAGAUAUCCAGCAAAAUGAAAACAGACAAAUGGAAUUUCAGCAAAAUGUGAGCAGGCAGUUGGAAAGUAAACAGAAUGAGAAGAAACAGGUAGAAGCUAAACGUGAAAGCAAGCAUGAAAGCAGACAAAUGGAAGUGAAACACAAUGAGAACAGACAAACAGAAUCAAAACAAAACCAGAGCAGGCAAAUGGGGAUGAAACAAAAUGAGGGAAAACAAAAUAAUGGCAAACAGGAAAUAAGGCAGAGAUCCGAAACACCAAAACAGAAGAAUGAAGGCAGGCCCGAAACACCAAAACAUAGACAUGAUAACAGGAGGGACUCAAGUAAACAAUUACCAGAUAAGAAAAUAGAAAUAUCUAGGCAUAAAAUAGAUGUGAAAUCUGAUUCUUCAAGGAUAAAAUCUGAAAGUAGGUCUGAUCCAACAAAACAAAGGCCUGAUGGACAUUCAGUUUCGGAUACACCGAGGCAUGACCAUGAUAGCCUUAAACAAAGAUCUGAGGACAGGGAGGAAUCAGAGAGAUACAGAGAAGAUCCAUCCAAGAUCAGAAGGCCUGAAUAUUUGAGAUCCUCAAACAAAAAUGAACAUGAUUCUAAACAUGGUAUUAAAUCUGAUGGUUCAAAACCUGACAAAUUUGCAAGGAAACAUAGACAUGAGUCUGGUGAAUCAAGGGAAAGGUUUUCUUCUGGGGAUCAGAAAUCAAGACCUGACAGUCCUCGCAUUAAACAGGAAGGUAGAGGAGAUUCUAGUAAAUCAAGACUUGAUAGACCUGGUUUUAAAUCACCCAACAGCAAGGAUGAACGACGGACAGAUGGUAAUAAGAGUAAAGUAGAUAGUAAUAAAGCACAUGCUGACAAUAAAGCAGAGUUUCCUAGUUAUUUGUUGGGGGCAAGAUCUGGCACAUUGAAACAUUUUGUCAUUCCAAAAAUCAAGCGUGAUAAAGAUGUCAAUGUCACUCAGGAAUCAAGGAAAACUGAAUUUAAAGGUGAACAGGAUAAAGUAGAGAAGAUUGGGCUAGUUGAAGACCUAAAUAAAGGAGCUAAGCCUGUAGUUGUCCUUCAAAAGCUUUCAUUGGAUGAUGUGCAGAAAUUUAUUAAGGAUAGAGAAGAUAAAUCAAGGGACUCUUGUUUUAAACCUAACAAGAACAAGUCAUCCAAAUCUAAUAAAGGUAGCAUAGAUCAGUCAGUAUUAAAGGAAUUGCCUCCUGAGCUCCUGGCAGAAAUUGAAUCCACCAUGCCGCUUUGUGAACGUGUGAAAAUGAACAAGCGCAAACGUAGCACAGUUAAUGAGAAACCAAAAUAUGCUGAAAUCAGUUCUGAUGAAGACAAUGACAGUGAAGAAGCUUUUGAAUCAUCUCGUAAAAGACAUAAAAAGGAUAGAGAUGAAGCUUGGGAGUAUGAAGAACAUGAUAGAAGAAACUCUGGUGACCAUAGGAGAAGUGGUUAUUGUCAUGAAGGAAGGAGAACUUCUGGUAGUAGCCGUUAUCGUAAUCGCAGUCCCAAUGACUCUGAUAUGGAUGAUUAUUCUCCUCUUCCUAGUCUCAGUGAGGUGGCUAGAAAAAUGAAGAAAAAAGAAAAACAAAAAAAGAGGAAAGCUUACGAACCUAAACUAACACCUGAAGAAAUGAUGGAUUCUUCUACUUUCAAAAGAUUUACUGCUUCAAUAGAGAAUAUUUUGGAAAAUUUAGAAGACAUGGAUUUUACAGCUUUUGGUGAUGAUGAUGAGAUUCCACAAGAAUUGCUACUGGGAAAGCAUCAGCUUAGUGAGUUGGGUAGUGAAUCUGCAAAAAUCAAGGCAAUGGGCAUUAUGGACAAGCUCUCAACAGAUAAAACAGUAAAAGUCUUGAAUAUUUUGGAGAAGAAUAUUCAAGAUGGAGCGAAGCUUUCUACAUUACUUAACCAUAACAAUGACACUGAAGAUGAGGAGAGAUUAUGGAGAGAUCUUAUUAUGGAGAGAGUGACAAAAUCUGCUGAUGCUUGUCUUACUGCUAUCAAUAUUAUGACAUCACCAAAUAUGCCUAAAGCUGUAUAUAUUGAGGACGUAAUAGAAAGAGUAAUUCAAUACACAAAAUUUCAUUUGCAGAACACUCUCUAUCCUCAAUAUGAUCCUGUGUAUAGAGUGGAUCCUCAUGGUGGUGGUGUUUUAAGUUCAAAAGCAAAACGUGCUAAGUGUUCCACCCACAAACAAAGAGUUAUAGUGAUGUUAUAUAACAAAGUUUGUGACAUUGUCAGCAGUUUGUCAGAGUUGCUAGAGAUACAGCUUCUCACCGAUACAACUAUUCUUCAAAUAUCAUCUAUGGGAAUAACACCUUUCUUUGUUGAAAAUGUUAGUGAACUACAGUUAUGUGCCAUCAAAUUAGUGACUGCGGUGUUCUCCAAGUAUGAAAAACAUAGACAGUUAAUACUAGAAGAAAUUUUCACUUCCCUUGCAAGACUACCAACUAGCAAGAGGAGUUUGAGAAAUUUCAGGUUAAACAGCAGUGACACUGAUGGAGAGCCUAUGUAUAUUCAGAUGGUAACAGCACUAGUUCUGCAGCUUAUUCAAUGUGUGGUGCAUUUGCCCUCAACGGAAAAAGAUUCUAAUUCAGAGGAGGAAUCAAAUAAAAAAGUGGAUCAAGAUGUGCUUAUGACUAACUCAUAUGAAACAGCCAUGAGAACAGCACAAAACUUCCUUUCUAUUUUCCUUAAGAAGUGUGGCAGUAAACAAGGGGAAGAAGAUUACAGACCACUGUUUGAGAACUUCAUUCAGGAUCUUCUUUCCACAGUUAAUAAACCAGAAUGGCCAGCUGCAGAGUUACUACUUAGCUUAUUAGGAAGGUUAUUGGUUCACCAGUUCAGUAACAAAUCUACAGAAAUGGCAUUAAGAGUUGCAUCACUUGACUAUCUUGGAACUGUAGCUGCAAGACUCAGGAAAGAUGCAGUCACUAGCAAAAUGGAUCAAGGCUCUAUAGCGAGAAUACUCAAACAGGUUUCAGGAGGAGAAGAUGAAAUUCAACAGCUGCAAAAGGCUUUGCUAGAUUAUCUGGAUGAGAACACAGAAACUGAUGCAUCAUUAGUGUUUUCUCGGAAGUUUUAUAUAGCUCAGUGGUUCCGUGAUACAACUAUGGAGACAGAGAAAGCAAUUAAAUCUCAGAAGGAUGAGGAUUCAUCUGAAGGAACUCAUCAUGCAAAAGAUGUUGAGACCACAGGGCAAAUCAUGCAUAGAGCGGAAAGUCGCAAAACAUUUCUUCGCAGCAUCAUUAAAACUGCUCCAUCUCAGUUCAGUACAUUAAAGAUGAAUUCUGAUACUGUGGACUAUGAAGAUGCAUGUUUGAUUGUUCGCUACUUGGCCUCUAUGAGGCCAUUUGCCCAGAGUUUUGAUAUUUAUUUGACACAGAUUCUGCGUGUACUUGGUGAAAAUGCAAUUGCUGUUCGAACAAAAGCCAUGAAGUGUCUGUCUGAGGUUGUUGCUGUAGACCCCAGUAUUCUAGCCAGGCUGGAUAUGCAACGAGGUGUUCACGGACGGUUAAUGGAUAACUCCACUAGUGUACGAGAAGCAGCUGUGGAGUUGCUUGGCCGAUUUGUGCUCUGUCGUCCUCAGCUUGCUGAGCAGUAUUAUGACAUGCUGAUCGAAAGAAUAUUGGAUACUGGUAUCAGUGUAAGAAAAAGAGUCAUAAAGAUACUUAGGGAUAUCUGCAUUGAACAACCAACAUUUCCCAAAAUUACUGAGAUGUGUGUGAAAAUGAUUCGGAGAGUUAAUGACGAAGAAGGCAUUAAGAAAUUAGUAAAUGAGACAUUCCAGAAGCUCUGGUUUACUCCAACUCCACAUCAUGACAAAGAAGCAAUGACCAGGAAAAUACUAAACAUUACUGAUGUGGUUGCAGCUUGUAGAGAUACAGGGUAUGAUUGGUUUGAACAACUUCUUCAAAAUCUGUUGAAGUCAGAAGAGGAUGCCUCAUAUAAACCUGUGAAGAAAGCCUGUACUCAACUUGUUGACAAUUUGGUUGAGCACAUUCUUAAAUAUGAGGAAUCCUUGUCAGAUUCUGACAACAAAGGUGUGAAUUCUGGUCGCUUGGUUGCUUGCAUAACCACUUUGUUCUUAUUCAGCAAAAUCAGGCCCCAGCUAAUGGUCAAACAUGCCAUGACCAUGCAGCCAUACCUGACCACUAAAUGUAGUACCCAGAAUGAUUUCAUGGUGAUCUGCAAUGUUGCAAAAAUCUUAGAACUUGUAGUGCCACUAAUGGAACACCCAAGUGAGACCUUUCUUGCCACUAUUGAGGAAGACCUCAUGAAACUCAUCAUCAAAUAUGGCAUGACGGUUGUUCAGCAUUGUGUGAGCUGUCUUGGGGCUGUUGUGAACAAGGUCACCCAGAACUAUAAAUUUGUGUGGGCCUGUUUUAAUAGAUACUAUGGUGCACUUUCAAAAUUAAAAAGUCAACAUCAAGAAGACCCCAACAGUACAAUACUUACUGCCAAUAAACCAGCACUCCUUAGAUCACUUUUCACUGUUGGAGCACUGUGUCGGCAUUUUGAUUUUGAUCAGGAAGAUUUUAAGGGCAACAGUAAGGUUAACAUUAAAGAUAAAGUACUUGAACUGCUGAUGUAUUUUACAAAGCAUUCAGAUGAAGAAGUACAGACGAAAGCCAUUAUUGGCCUUGUCAACAAGGUCCUAAGGGAGUCAACUUGGAAGGAUGCCCUCCUUGAUCUGCUGCUUGUCAACAGGGUGGAUCUUGUGAGCAAAGUGGGGAUUGGAGGCCGUCUUGACCACAGCGACCACGAGGGAAUCGAGUUUAAAAUCUCUGUUGACAGGAGGAAAAGUGCCAACAAAACCUCAACCCUGGCCAUGAGGAGAGCAAACUUCAGGCUGCUCAGGGAAUUAGUGAGUGAGGUCCUUUGGGAAAAUGUUUUUGCAGAUGAUAGACGAAGGGGGUCUCAGUGCCCUGAGCUGGAGGACCAUGACAACAAGAAUGAUCAAUUCCCAGUCAACCCUGAAAUUGUGCGGGAUCUGCUGCUCCAGAUGGAUCCCUACAAAUCUCUGGGACCUGAUAGGAUUCAUCCCAGAAGCCUCAAAGACCUGAUGAAAGCAGUGGCUGGUAUGAAGAUGUCUUACCAGGUACAACAGGCAAUCAAUACCUGCCCAAAGGAUCCUGUAAGAGGUUUUAGACAUGAUGAGUCAUCCAACGCACUGUGUUCACACCUAUACUCCAUGAUUCGAGGGAACCGUCAACACAGACGAGCGUUUCUAAUUUCUUUGUAUGUACUUUUUUUUAACUUCCAGAAAACAGAGGUGAAUAUGCUCUUGUACAUAGCAGACAAUCUAGCCUGUUUUCCUUAUCAAACACAGGAAGAACCACUGUUUAUAAUGCAUCAUAUAGACAUUACACUCUCAGUUUCUGGUAGCAACCUACUACAGUCAUUUAAAGAGUCUAUGGUGAAAGAGAAAAAAAAGGAAAGAAACCCUUCAUCAGACGAGGAGACUGAAAGUGACAGUAACAGUGGUAGUGAAAGCGAAAGUGAGGAGGAAGCUUCUAAGCCUCGGAGGUUACGGAAACGAGUAAACUCUGAUUCAGAUUCUGAUGAAGAAAAUGAUAUAAAUGCUGUGAUGAAAUGUUUACCAGAAAAUUCAACUCCUUUAAUUGAAUUUGCAAAUGUUUCCCAAGGCAUAUUAUUACUUUUGAUGCUGAAACAGCAUUUAAAGAACCUCUGUGGAUUCUCUGAUAGUAAAAUUCAGAAAUAUUCUCCGUCUGAAUCUGCAAAAGUUUAUGAUAAAGCGAUAAACAGGAAGACAGGAGUGCAUUUCCAUCCAAAACAAACUCUGGAUUUUCUGCGGAGUGAUAUGGCUAAUUCCAAGAUCACUGAAGAAGUGAAGAGGAGUAUAGUAAAACAGUACUUAGAUUUCAAGCUCCUUAUGGAACAUUUGGAUCCUGAUGAAGAGGAAGAAGAUGGAGAGGUGUCAGCUAGCACAAAUGCUCGUAACAAAGCAAUUACCUCACUUCUUGGAGGAGGCAGCCCUAAAAACAAUGCAGCUGAGACAGAGGAUGAUGAAAGUGAUGGGGAGGAUAGAGGAGGAGGCACUUCAGGGUCAUUGAGAAGGUCAAAACGAAAUUCAGACUCUACAGAGUUGGCAGCACAGAUGAAUGAAAGUGUUGAUGUCAUGGAUGUCAUCGCUAUUUGCUGUCCAAAGUACAAAGACCGACCACAAAUUGCAAGAGUAGUACAGAAAACCAGCAAUGGCUUCAGUGUUCAGUGGAUGGCAGGCUCCUACAGUGGCUCCUGGACUGAGGCUAAGCGCCGUGAUGGCCGCAAACUGGUGCCUUGGGUAGACACUAUUAAAGAGUCAGACAUUAUUUACAAAAAAAUUGCUCUAACAAGUGCUAAUAAGCUGACUAAUAAAGUUGUUCAGAAUUUACGAUUGCUGUAUGCUGCCAAGGAUGGAACUUCCAACUAA